GUUUAGAAUUUAAACUGGUCAGCAACUUCCGACUCCUACCACUUACAAGUACUACAAACAUAAUGUUCCAGUCUCUCCAACUUGAUGAUGAUAUAAAUAUCUCGAAUAGCAUGGCCAAAGCGCUUUCAUAGAGCGGAUAGUGAACACUACCGCUGCGAUGCGGACUGCUCAACAGUACUAGUAUCAAUUCCUGUGUUGCAAACUCUCAUGAUAUCUGCAGCGCUGACGAGGAAAGUAGCAGGCUAUUGAGAAAAAGAAUCUCAACUUGCUAAGCAAUUUGUAUUCUAAGAAAGCCGAUGCAGUCAUGAUGAGCUUCUGGAUCGUAACGGAUCAUAGCCUAUCAGUCAUAAUCAACGCGAAGUAUAUACUUACGUUGAAUGUUUUACAGUUCGCCAACAUCAAACACUAUCAAGUCCAGGAUCGACAACUUAAGCAUUCAACUUAAUUGCGUAUGCCAUGAUGCUCAUCUGUCAUUGGACCCGAACUGUUUGCUUGAAGCCAUACACUCCACCUUUCGAACCAUUUCACAGAGCCGACGAACAAUAAUUAUUACCCUAUCCAUUGUUCCUUUUCAAAACAUUUAUCAAGGCUCUCAGGACAUAAAAGCUUGCAUUCUUUCUCCCCAUCUCAGAGCCCUCAGCCAGAUUCCAUCUUGCCUCCUACGACCAAUGCAUUUUCCCUUCCUCACCGUCUUGGUUGCUUUGACGACAUUUAUGUAUGUCAGCGCAACCCCAUCUGUUUUCAGCAGAUCAUGUCAUGCCGUUGGCAAGUAUUGCCAGCAAGGCUCUGACUGUUGCUCCGAUGCGUGCGCGUAUACAUCCGAUUGCAGCGCGAAAACUUGUGUUGAUGACGACUCCAUACUUAUCGGGGAGCUGGCACGUCGUGAGAGUGAGUCACGCUUCUGCCUUCAUAUCGAUGCUGUUGUUCAUAGCACAAUUCAUAGUUGAUUGCUGAGUUGAUCAAUAUGAUCAUGGCCCUCGGACAGGUUUUACCGCUUCUUGGAUACCCUUCAAUAGAACGAGAUCGAUACACAUACGUAUCUAUCUUACACACGAUCACUUCUCGAUACCCAUUUCGUUUGCGUUCCCCUUUCGACUCGGCCUUUCCAACUAGGACUGAUGCUGACAUAGUUGCUACUACAUUUGUAUAGUAUCGGUACUUAGCGAUACGUAGUUCUUCCUCUAGCACGAGCCUUUUCCGCUCAUCAAAAUAUUGAUAAGGCAUGC